ACAGAACAAAAAAGUCAACUAGUUGUAUAUAACUAAGAUAAUUAACUUAAAAAUAUAUUGUAUGACAUACACAUAGAAUAAUGUAAGAAAUUUUUUCAAAUUGUUGCAUAACAUUUUAAAGAAAACUGCUUUUGUGUAAUAUUUCCUGCUUUUUAGACCCUGCACUUAGUUAUGAUGAAUAAAGCCUCUGGCUCAUUUCCACUUUCACUGGGUCUGUGGUGGUUGUAUGCCUAUAAAUAUUUAAGCAAGGCCAUGGGUUGUCACAGUUCAACCGAAGCACUCGAACAACAACUUACAAGAGGCUACAAAGUUUUAAUUAUCAGUCUCUGCUCAGGGAAAAUGAUCCGAGUGCUUAGUCUUGCUGCCGUUGUGGCCACUUUUGCCCUCGUCUCGGGCCAGGCUCAGAAAGGGCGUAUUCUGGAACCACCCGUGCCAGCUCUGUGCGCCCAAAGAAAAAUUCAUGAGCGCUUUGGAGGCAAGGGUUAUUUCUUCUCUUGGAAAGAACCCAGCACUGCCGGACAAGAAAAGGACUGGCUUGAUGGAAGAAAUUAUUGCCGACAGCGUUGCAUGGACCUUGUCAGCCCGGAUUCGAAGCCAGAAAACGACUUCAUCAAGUCACGUAUUGUCAGAGACAAGGUGAAGUAUAUCUGGACUUCUGGACGUCUUUGCGACUUUAAGGGCUGCGAUCGCCCCGACUUGAAGCCCCUGAACGUUAAUGGAUGGUUCUGGACUGCUGAACUCAAGAAGCUGCCCCCAACCACCGACAGGAUCAACAAUGAUUGGAGCCCUUCAGGCGGACUUGGACGUCCUCAGCCAGACAACCGUGAGGCCGCCCAGGGAGGAGCCACCGAAAACUGCUUGGCCAUAUUGAACCAGUUCUACAAGGACGGAGUCAACUGGCACGAUGUUGCCUGCCACCACUUCAAGCCUUGGGUGUGCGAGGAGAACCAAUCACUGCUCAGCUAUGUUAGAGCUACAAACCCCACACUCAGAAUCUAAAUAUGUUGUUCUGUAAAAAAUAUGGAUUUUUUGUAAUAAAAUCAGUGUUUCGACAACAAUUAUUAUAAAAUUUAAAUUAUCACAUCUGCUGAAUACCAAAAAUAAUCUAAUAAAAUAAAUUUAA